CAAAGAGAAUAUUAUAUGGAGGGUAAAGAUUUAUUUUGUGCCAAGUUACACUGUGUGGAGAACACAAGAGAAGAUAAUGACAUUUCUGCUCUUGUCAACAUGUCAGUCUAUAGGAUCAGUGAAUUAGAGGGGAAGAUUGUGUUGGCGUCUGUAUCAGAUUCAAGAGUUCGAGAUUAUAAAGUAGCUGGAUCAAAAGUUGAUGGAAAGUUUUCAAAAGUGUUCGGAGAAUUGAUCGUAUCAUUUACAAAACCUUCCGAUUGUUUUAGUUCAGUGUUUGGAUGUGAUGUGUAUUACACAAAUAGAAGGUAUCUCACUGAGAUGAAAGAAAAUAAAACAAAACCUGUUCACAAAGACAAUCGUAAGCCGCUGAUGUUGAUGACCUUAGAGGCUAAAACUCCAGAGUUUGAUAAAACAAUUGAUAGAAUGUCAGAGUUUUUAAAAACUUUUAAAGAUUCUGAUAUGUUAAACAGAGCUGACUUGAAGAUGAAUUUACAGUUUUUGACAAAUGACAAACGUUCUAACCUUAGUUAUCAUACAGCAGAAUUAACAAAGGAGAAGAGUGAUGAAACUUUAGUUAACCUAACCAAUGUCAUGGAAAGUAGAUUAAAUAGCUUGUUAUCUGCCCAAGGAUCUACAAUUCAGAGACUUGAAAAUCAAAUGAACAACGUUGUUAACAGAUUGAACACCUUAAAUAACACAAAUCAAGAGCUCACGCAUUUUAAAUACAACUUAACUGAAAAAUUACUAAAAUCAACUCAACAGAUAGAUGAAAACAAUAAAACCCUUCAAAUACACAAUAUGUCAGUACAAAACGUAUCAAGCCUAUACAAUAAUGUACACAAACAACUGGAGAGACUGAACUACAGUUUGGUUAAUGUAUCACUUGAUAUACAGAGUUUGUCACAAAGGUCAAAUCAAAGUGAAGUUCUAACAAAAACCAUGCAAGAUUUUAAAAAAGAUUUACUAAAUUUUACUAACGAAAUGUUAAAAAAUAGCACAGCGAUAUUGGAACAACGUCAAAAUCUAAGCAUUCAACAACUGGGUGAAAGCAACAAAUUACUGGCAGAGACACAGUCAAAAGCACUGAGCGAUUUAAAAACAGCUGUAUCACUACUAAACAAUACUGACAUCGAUAUACACGCCAGUAUGGAAGAGAUGAACAGCACCAUUCAAAACCUGAUUACUAAAUCAGAUCAAAUUAGUGCCCAAGUCAAAAGAUUACAUGGAAUUAUUGGCCCUGUGCUCAAGGGUGAACACUUAAAAUGUACCAAAAUGAACGAUCGCAUUUUAGGGGACAUGACGUUUACUGGAGUAGAUGUUAACAGAACAUCGUGUGAUACCAAGACUGACGGUGGAGGAUGGAUUAUUAUACAGAGACGUAUCAAAGGUGAUGUGAACUUUACAAGAACUUGGAACGAUUAUAAAAACGGAUUUGGUUCAACAUCUGGAGACUUUUGGAUCGGAAACGACGUCAUUUCUCACUUGACAGAUUCGGGUUAUAAUGAACUCAGAUUUGACAUGAAGUAUAAAGGUAAAGACUACUUCGCUAUGUACAGAGGUUUUAAGGUAGAAAAUGAAGCAGCAAAGUAUAAGAUGACCUUAACGUCAUUCAGUGGUGGGGAUGUUGUUGACAGGUUAAGUUAUCACAACGGCUAUAAGUUUACAACCAUUGACUCUGAUAACGAUGAGUGGCUAGAUGGCAACUGUGCUGUAGACGGUAGAGGUGGGUGGUGGUAUGAGGAAUGUCACCAGGUUAACGUCAACGGUGAAUGGGCGAGUCGUGUUUAUGAUAAAGGAAUUCAUUGGGCUAGCAUUACAGGCGGGACUAACUCUCUAGACUUUGUUGAGAUGAAACUUCGUCAAAUGUAA